CUCUGCGUGGAGAAAUCAUGAUAUAAACGAGACCAUUCGUAUCCCUCUUGCUCUGGUAGGUAGGCAGGGGCUCAGUGGGUGAAUCCACUGUGGGAUUUAACUGACUCACAACCCACACAGCGUCGGCCAGCACCGCUGCAUGCGUGCGCGCGUGUGUGAGAGAGAGAGAGUGUGUGUGUGUGUACGCGCGCGUGUGAGUGUGUGUGCGUGUGUGUGUACGCGCGCGUGUGAGAGAGUGUGUGUGUGUGUGUGUGUGUGUGUGCGUGUGAAAAUGCCGCCGUGCGGAAUGGCAGCGCGCGCGGAGGAGCCACGGCUCCGGCACUGAUGGACACAUUACGGACACGGUUCAUUUAAUAUCGACACCAGAAGGCCACUCAGACGAAACGGGAGGAGAAAUCGGUUUAAAUCUGCAUUUUGUCUCAGGAUCAUUCGGCGCGAAAGAAGAUAAAAAAUCCGACAUGGGGGAGCAGCCUAUCUACAGCACACGGGCGCAUGUCUUCCAGAUCGACCCCAAUACUAAGAAGAACUGGAUGCCCACCAGCAAGCAUGCCGUCACCGUCUCCUACUUCUAUGACAGCACCAGGAAUGUGUACAGAAUCAUCAGCCUGGAUGGGUCAAAGGCUAUAAUAAACAGCACCAUCACCCCAAACAUGAGCUUCACGAAGACGUCGCAGAAGUUUGGGCAGUGGGCAGAUAGCCGUGCCAACACGGUGUAUGGGUUGGGGUUCUCCUCAGAGCAUCAUCUUUCUAAGUUUGCCGACAAGUUUGCGGAGUAUAAGGAAGCAGCCCGCUUAGCCAAGGAGAAGUCUCUAGAGAAGAUGGAGCUGGCGAGCUCUCCAUCUCAGGAAUCGCCUGCUGAUAUUCACUCGCCUCUGACUCCUCCCGUCUCUGCUGACCUCUGUCGAGUCAACGGCACAGGAGAUGAUGUCACCUUGUCUGAUGCAUCGCCAAAUUCUGAGCUCCAAUCAGAUCUGUCCCCAACCACCCCAACCCUAGCGCACAGUCCGACUGCCACGAAGCACUGGGAAGCUGAAUUGGCAGCGCUGAAGAGCAACAAUGCCAAACUCACAGCGGCGCUACUGGAGUCCACUGCCAAUGUCAAGCAGUGGAAACAACAGCUGGCUGCUUAUCAGGAGGAGGCUGAGCGGCUUCAUAAAAGGGUGUCAGAACUGGAGAGCCAAAGUAGUCAAGCAAAUGCAAUCAAAUGUCAGAAAACAGAGCUCAACAAAACCAUAGAGGAAUUAGAGGCCACACUGAAGACUAAAGAAGAGGAAAUGGAACGUCUGAGAGAAGAAGUGGAAAAUGCCAAGCAACUACAGUCACAGAAAGAGACGCUCGAACAGAAACUGGAGGCCACAGAUGCAAGGAACAAGGAUCUGGAGGAACAGUUAGCUGACGUGGAGCAGCGUCUGGAGGCGAGCCAGCUAGAGCAGGAGAACUUCCGCAAGAGCCUCAAAACACUGCUGGAGAUCCUAGACAGCAAGAUCUUCGAGCUGACAGAGAUGAGGGACAACAUGGCCAAGCUCAUAGAGGACAGCUAGAACACGUUGCCUUCACCUCAGAAAACAUGGACUUGCUUGCGAGGUACACAGUGACAAGAACGAAACGCACAGCUCUUCUGCCCAGACCUCGUCGUGUACUUUCACACUUUUAAAGCCUUCUUGACUGGAGGACACAUAUUAUUAUAUACUCACUUAUAUGGUAAUGAUAAGCAUUCAGUUGCACUUGAAUUUGUACUUUCUAGGUGAAUAAUAUUUCUUCAGUGCCACUGCUACCUUCUAAGAGAUAAUCGGCCGUAUAAUGCUCCUGUUCUUUUCUUAUGGUUAGAAUAUUAUUCAAAUGUUUCCCUUAAUUGUACGCAGGUAGUGUAGAGAAAGUAGGCAGCCUAUAAAGUCGAACACUGCUGCACAUAGGCUCUUCCUUUCUAAGGUGCUGGUUUAGCGUUAAAGGACAUCUACUAUGCUGCUGAGGACACUCGAGUCAAUCACACCCACCGGAUCGUCCGUUCCGAGCCAUAUGUUGUAGCCAGACCGUGUCGGCUUGCCUCGUCACCUUCAAGGAAACUGCCUCAAUGUUCAGUCAGAGCUUCAGGAUACUCUACCAUCGACUUCCAGACAAGAACAAAGACACCCCGGGAAGUCUGAACACUUAUACAGGUGUGGCAUAUUGGCCUGUAAUGUACAAUGAGCAAUAUUCAAACCAGUCUUUAUGUCACCUCAGUGUAUUUAUCAGGUAUUCCAACUCUGGACUAAUCUGUGGACUUGCGUGAUUUAGUAGAUGUACCCCCGGUAGUUCUCCUCAGACCAGUUAUAGUGCUUUGGAUUGUUUUGGCCUUAGAGUUUAAAUUCUGCACUGGAUAUCCGGUUCGAUGGGGAGGAAUCUCCUCAUUUUUUUUGUUUGUUGCAUUACCAAAUGCAGUGUGAAACUUACAGUAUGAAAUCAUGUGUUAUUAUGAAAUGUAUAUGCUGAUGGAUAAGCUACAUAGAGCACUGUUAAUAUGAUUGUAUUUAUAGAUGGGAAAGUUAAUUUUAAAAUUCCCAAUAUUAAUAAAAUAUUUCAAAAUAUCUACAAAAUUAUGUUUAAG